AUGGAUGAAUUUGCGCACGCAGACCCCCUCGACCAGCCGUCCUCUGAGCGCCCUCACCCUCGCCCUCAGCCUCACGACGAAACCACCCGCCAGUUCUUCCACCACUCCAGCGCCAGGCGCACCAACACCGACGCCGUCAUCGCCAAAGCGCUGCGGCAGCAGUACCCGAACCUGUCGCUGUCCAUCGCCCCGGCCACUUCGUGCAACUUGACGGCCUACGCAGCAGACGGCCACGCGCAAUCAGCGCCGUUGCACGACACCGACGACGACCAUGUCCCGGCUUCGCUGUCGUGGACCGUCUACCUGCCGCCCGCCAGGCGCAUGGACGGAGGCCUCGGCGUCGUCGCAAGGGACACGCACUUCGAAAAGUACCUGUACCGGUGGAAGGGCCACGACUUCAUCGUCUACCUGGUCGACGGCCGUGAUGGCAGCGGGUCGUAUCCAUACGUCGUCAACUAUUACGUGCUGUCGACGAGCGACGAGCUGGCCACUCAGCUGAUUCUCGCGGCCGGGCGAUGGACCAGCGACUUGCACGACGAGAUUUGGGUCUUUGACGGAGGCUACUGGGCCAAGAGCGCCGAGCUCUACCAAAGUGCCAUGAAGGCGUCGUGGGAGAGCGUCAUCCUGGAUGAGGAGAUGAAGAAUGCUCUCAUUGAAGAUCAUCUGUCCUUCUUCCGGUCGAGAGCCACCUAUGACCGGCUCAAGGUGCCCUGGAAGCGAGGCAUCAUCUAUUACGGCCCGCCGGGAAAUGGCAAGACCAUCUCAAUCAAGGCGACGAUGAAUAUGCUUUACCAUUUGAAGCAGCGGGUGACGACGUUAUACGUACGGUCGCUGAAAUCGGGACCAGAGAGAAGCAUUGCUCUAGUUUUUGCAAAAGCGAGAGAGUUUGCGCCAUGCUAUCUCGUUUUCGAAGAUCUAGAUACCAUUAUUACAGAUGACGUUCGAAGCUACUUCUUGAACGAGGUAGACGGCCUGAAGAGCAAUGAUGGUAUUUUCAUGAUUGGAAGCACCAAUCAUCUUGAUCGAUUGGAUCCCGGCAUCGCGAAACGCCCCUCUCGUUUCGACAGAAAGUACCUCUUCCCAGACCCAGACCACGGCCAGCGCAUCGCCUACUGCCAGUUCUGGCAAAAGAAGCUAUCCGACAACAAAUCCAUCAGCUUCCCCGACAAACUCUGCAGCGCCAUUGCAGACAUCACAGACGAUUUCAGCUUUGCGUACAUGCAGGAGGCAUUUGUCGCAGCCCUGCUUGCGAUUGCGCGAAGCGGGGGUGAUGAUGACGAGGAUGGUGAGAACAACGAGCAGGAUGAUGCCAUGGUUAUGACGGUGGACUUGGCAGAGGACGACUGGGUCCAGGUGUUGGAUAAGCCGGCAGAGGACAAUCCGGAUCUGGAUGAGCUGCCGUUGUGGAUUGAGCUGAAGAAGCAGAUUGCGAUAUUGCGGGAGGGCAUGGAAGAGCAGAAGAGAGUACAGGUGUAAUUUUGCUUGCGGGUGUUUGGCGAACGAAUUGGGACAGAAGAGAAAUGCAGAGAGACAUGACGCUUCAGAAGCUAUAGCACGACACGAUGGAUAUACUCAAAAUGAAAGCUUGGGGUUUUUCUUCAAUCUAACGUAGUAUACAACAACUAACAGCAAAAUUAGAAUCUGCUAAAGCUAUAAUACCUAUAAAAAAUGAUCAUGACUAAUAAAUACAUAGAAUCAUAUCUUACUGUUCCCAAUUGUGCCCUAUCAGGGAUUUGGGGAAACUAAAAGAACCAGAAAGUAUAGCGGUCUGAUUGCGCACAGUACGCUCAACUUCUUUUCUCUUAUAUCCAACAUCACGCAGCUCAAAACAGAAAAAUAGCAUCAUAUAUAACAAUCGCCGUCCAGAGAAGAAUAUCCAACGAGUAAAAACGGCAUCAUGCCGAUCAGAAGAAGAAAUCCGCGUGAAAAAUCAGGAAAUAAAAGGGACGAGAGAUGAAGGACCUGCCACAAUAGCUGUCCGUUUGCAUCAGG